AGCAUGCCUCGUACUAUACUUGAGAUGGAUUAUCAUGGCAUGGAUCGUUGGAGAACCAACUUACGACCGUUUCCUUGACAGCGUUUAUACCAAGGUUCGCGAAACAGAAGCACAAGCCGUAUCUGGCCGAUGGAGGGCACUCACACGAGCUCACCUACAACAAUUGCAACGGGAAGAACCAGAGACGCUGGAAACUCUGGCCUCGUCCAUUACCAACGGUUUGGUCGAUAUCCUGGUCACUGCUGGAUGCAGUGCUCCGAUCAAUAAAAUCCAAGAAAAGCUAAAGACUGCGUUUAACACAAAAAUCGCCGUUAUGGUAGACUUAGCUAUCCGCCUGAACAGGGCAAUAGGGGAAGACAUCACCUCUGGAAACAUGGAAGUUGUGGCGGUAAGCUCCGCGAUGCCAUAUGACCCCGCGAAGAUGGAUAAUGCAUACGAAGACGGGCAACCACAAGACUCGGCAAGUAUUCGCGUACUUUGUCCAACUGAUUUAGGACUACAGAGGCUUUCAAAGGUUUCCAUGACAGGAGAGGAUGAAUGGGACACAAAAAUGUUGUUGAAACCCAAGGUCGCCAUAGAGUCCGUGGUAGAUAGCCUGGAAGACUUCGUCACACACCAGUAAUUGCGUACUUCACCUCUAUACAUUUCAUGUAGUUUGCUGUUAUAAUCCGUACAAGGUCUGCGAUAAACUCUAGGUAUCAUAU